AUGGUCUCAGUUUGGCACAUGGUGAUGCAAAGCGAGUCCACCUUCUUUGCUAAAGUAAAGCCGGCGACGUUGAUGCGAAAGCGGCAACUUUUGAUACAUGAGAGGGUCUUGGUCACACGCCCUCGGGACAGGUUGAGAACACAUCUUCUUUGCAUUUUCUUGCGCAAGAUUUGA